ACACUUGUCACUCCCUCACGCUUCCUGGUUUCCUCACUCGACACCGCUCAAUGUUUCCUUUGUCUCCUUCUUACAUUUACUUGAUUACAUCCCCUCCGUUCAUGGACCAAUAUGCUCAAGCUUCUUCUUCCAUCCUCAUCCUCUAAACUCAUCUCCAGACACAUUUUCUCACAACUAUCACGCCCCACCACCACCAUGUCCAUAAAUCUACGCACCCACGCCUUCGCGGGUAACCCGCUCCGAUCCCCCAACCGGGUCGACCCGUUUUCGCCCGCCUCCGCGCUCGAGACCCUCACGACCCGAAUCCUCGACGCCGCGCACGUGUCCUCACCGUCCGUGGAUUUUAAGGUCUUGCCUUUUAGAAAUGGGAGGGUGCUGGCUUCUUCGGAGAGUGGUGACACGUGGCGCCUCGGGUGGAUCGCGCUGGAGGAAGUGAAGGGUCUAUUGGGUGCGGAUUUGAGCGCGGACUCGUUCGUUUAUUUGGGGUCAGACUCGGACUCAGACUCGGUGGUGUACUGGGCGAUCGACGUGUCGAGGGAGAGUGGGUUGGUGACGGAAUUCAGUGGCGUGAGGUUGUGCUUCGUGGAGCUCAGGACGCUCAUGGUCGCUACCGAUUGGGUGGAUUUGAAGACCAUGGGGAACCUCGCCAUCGCCGGUCAUGCCAGGGCACUUCUUGAAUGGCAUAAAAUAUCACGAUUUUGUGGACAUUGUGGAGAGAAAACAGUCCCUAUGGAAGCUGGGAGACGUAAACAGUGCUCAAAUGAAUCAUGCAAACAGAGGAUAUAUCCACGACUUGACCCGGUGGUCAUUAUGCUAGUAAUUGAUCGGGAGAAUGACCGUGCCCUUUUGAGCAAACAAUCGAGAUUUGUACCUAGAAUGUGGAGCUGCUUAGCAGGUUUUAUAGAGCCAGGAGAAAGCUUGGAGGAGGCUGUAAGAAGAGAAACGUGGGAGGAGACUGGUAUUGAAGUGGGAGAAGUUGUAUAUCAUAGCUCUCAGCCAUGGCCUGUUGGACCGAAUAGCAUGCCAUGUCAGCUGAUGGUGGGGUUCUUUGCAUAUGCGAAAUCCCUUGAAAUAAAUGUGGACAAAGAAGAGUUGGAAGAUGCUCAGUGGCACAGUAGAGAAUAUGUAAGAAAGGCUCUGACAUUUGCUGAAUACAAGAAAGCCCAACAAACUGCGGUAGCGAAGGUAGAACAAAUGUGUAAGGGAGUAGAAAAGGCUCACAGCUUGUCUACCGAUUUCAAUGUGGAAAGUGGUGAACUUGCUCCAAUGUUUGUUCCUGGACCCUUUGCAAUAGCUCAUCACCUUAUUUCCUCCUGGGCAUUCCCAGAUCAAAAUGUAAAUGGCAGUGAAUGUCAUUCAAAACAGGCUAGUGGUUCUAUGUCAAAUUUGUAGGAGUGCAAAUUAUUUUUUUAAAGGCACCUUUGAUUUUACAUUGUUUUCCAUACUAAACUGAUGUGAGAUAUAAUCAAUCACCAUAAGACUGACUGCAUUAUGUUGCAUUUUCUUUGUUGGGCGUAGAAACAUAAAUUGGGCAGUUGAA